AUGUCAAUCAUUCACAAAUCGCCGGUGCCGGACGUGCAACUGUUCUACGGCUCGUGGCCGGAUCUGAUGCGAACGUCGCCACACGCCCACAACGACUCCAAACCGGUGGUGUUCGACUUUGACACCAAGCAGCAGCUGACGUGGAAACAGGUGUGGCAGCUGAGUGCGCGGCUCCGGGCCCAGCUGUACCACAAGUACGGCAUCGGUAAGCCCGGCGCUCUGGCCCCGUUCCACAACGACCCCUCUCUCGGCGACGUGGUCAUCUUCUACACGCCCAACACUUACAGCUCGUUGCCCUACCACCUGGCUCUUCACGAUCUGGGCGCCACCAUUUCGCCCGCCAGCACCUCGUACGACGUGAAGGACAUAUGCCACCAGAUUGUCACCACCGACGCGGUCGUGGUGGUGGCUGCGGCCGAAAAAAGCGAAAUUGCCCGCGAGGCGGUCCAGCUAUCGGGCAGAGACGUGAGGGUCGUGGUCAUGGAAGACCUCAUCAACAAUGCGCCCACCGUUGCGCAAAACGACAUUGACUCAGCCCCGCACGUGUCCCUGUCCCGGGACCAGGCGCGGGCCAAAAUCGCCUACCUGGGAAUGUCUUCAGGCACGUCCGGCGGACUGCCCAAGGCGGUCCGUCUGACCCACUUCAACGUCACCUCCAACUGUCUCCAGGUCUCCGCCGCCGCCCCCAACCUCGCCCAGAACGUGGUCGCCAGCGCCGUCAUCCCCACCACCCACAUCUACGGCCUCACCAUGUUUCUGUCGGUGCUUCCCUACAACGGCUCGGUGGUGAUCCAUCACAAGCAAUUCAACUUGAGAGAUCUGCUGGAGGCGCAAAAAACAUACAAGGUGAGCCUGUGGAUUCUGGUGCCGCCCGUCAUCGUCCAGCUCGCCAAAAACCCCAUGGUUGACGAGUACCUGGACUCUAUUAGAGCCCAUGUGCGGUGCAUUGUGUCUGGAGCCGCUCCUCUGGGUGGAAAUGUCGUGGAUCAGGUCUCUGUUCGUCUUACAGGCAACAAGGAAGGCAUUCUGCCCAACGGAGACAAGCUGGUCAUUCACCAGGCCUAUGGCUUGACCGAGUCGUCCCCGAUCGUCGGCAUGCUCGACCCCCUGUCUGACCACAUUGAUGUCAUGACCGUGGGCUGUCUCAUGCCCAACACUGAGGCCCGAAUCGUGGACGAAGAAGGAAAUGAUCAGCCCGCGGUCCACGUGACCGACACCCGAGGUAUUGGCGCCGCUGUGAAGCGGGGCGAAAAGAUUCCCUCCGGAGAACUAUGGAUUCGAGGUCCCCAGAUCAUGGACGGAUACCACAAGAACCCCGAGUCGUCACGUGAGUCGCUGGAGCCCAGCACCGAGACGUACGGUCUGCAGCACUUCCAGGACCGGUGGCUGCGGACUGGAGACGUGGCUGUCAUUGACACCUUUGGCCGUGUCAUGGUUGUGGAUCGAACCAAGGAGCUCAUCAAGUCCAUGUCUCGACAGGUGGCUCCGGCUGAGCUCGAGGCUCUUCUUCUGAACCAUCCUUCGGUGAACGAUGUGGCUGUGGUUGGCGUUCACAACGACGAUAAUGGCACAGAGUCUGCGCGGGCGUUUGUAGUGCUUCAACCGGGCGACGCAUGUGAUCCCACCACCAUAAAGCACUGGAUGGACCAGCAGGUGCCGAGUUACAAGCGGCUGUAUGGCGGCAUUGUGGUCAUUGAUACUGUGCCCAAGAAUGCCAGUGGCAAGAUUUUGCGAAGAUUGUUGAGACAGCGGAGAGAUGAUAGGGUGUGGGGGUUGGCCAAGGUGGCGAAGCUGUAA